AUUUCACAACGCCAUGGAAGCAAUAACCUCCUGUGAUUGAUCCUCGGUACAAAACUCAAAUCUCCAACUCUAACCACAACUCAUAAUUAAAGAAGAAGAUGGCGAACCAAGGUCAGGACAUCGGAUACAAGGCAGGCGACAUGAUAGGUCAAGCUCAGAUGAAGAAAGAGGAGUGCGUGGACCAGGCGUCUAACCAGUACCAGGCAGCCAUGGACAGGCUCUCUGGCACCACUCCAAACUCUGGCUAUGACAUCAAAGGCCAGGCCAGCAAUUUCCUUCACCAGACUGGAGAGCAAGUGAAGAACAUGGCACAAGGAGCAGCUGAAGCAGUGAAGAGCACUUUGGGAAUGAAUAAUAACGCUGAUGCCGGCAAUGCCGCCACCACCGUCAACCCUCCGAACAAUCCCAGCUACCCUGCCAACAAUCCCGCCUCUAGAGUUUGAACUUCUCUCUUUCUCUCUCUCCUGAGCCAUACUAUUGAUAUAUUCCUCAUUUUCUAUGGGUCUCGAUAGGGGAUCUUAUUAUGAAUCGUCUGGUGUAUUUCUUGUAACGUUUUUUCACGUGUCAAAUUGCGGGUCCUGGGACAAUUUCUUGGGAAAUUGUAGUUUCUUGUUUGUUUCAUUGUGCUGGCUCAGUGGUCGGCCGAGGCCUCUAGAUCAAUUUGUCCAAAGCAGACAUCAUUUAUUACAUGAUAAAGGCUUAAUGGGCCAAAUUCUCUGUGGUGUC